CAUUCUCUCAUUCUUCUUCUCUCUUUCCUUCUAUUUUCCCAACCUACCUCUUUUUCUCCCUCUCCCUCUUAUUCAGAGUUUGUGAUCAUUCCUCUCGAUUGUUGAUUAACUUGCAUAGAUUGAUGGCUAACUUGAUGAGGAUAUGGACUACAGGGCAUCUGGCUGCCUAUGUCAAUGCUGUUGCUCAGCGGUGAACAUCAUUCAGCAAAAAUUUGGACAUUUGGAUCAAAACAAGUAUUUGUGGUCUUACAAACAUUUAAAUUAUCAUCUUUGGGAAAACCCUGCUGUUUUGUAAUCUCUGUCUUGCAUGUCCUGCAGUUAUAUGCACAUUUUGUGGACAGAUUUUGAUGAAUGAGUGUGAGUGUAUUCUUUACACAGCUGGAAAAGUCUGAGAUACCCAGUCGCAGCUGCUUUCUCUUCUGGGAGGGAGACGGAAGUAAGUGAGGAUAUCUGUGGAGUGUAUGACCAUAUAACAGAGGGAGUUUUUGAGCUGAGGUGAGUAACAGCUUCUGACUGCACACCAUGGAAGUGUUUGAUAUGGAAGGGAAACAGAAAAGCUACUGCAUUCGAGGGAAGCACGCUGCUCUGAUAUGCUUGGCUGUGAUAGUGACAGGAGUUGCAGUGGGUCUUGGGGUUGGCCUGAGUCAGAAAACCUCCUCUACUGAUGAGAGUACCAAGCCAACGCCAACACCCCCAACUACGAGCAACCCGGUGACGGACAGGGGCCCCUGCAAACCCUCCAACAGUACCAGUGGUGGCUGGACCAAUUUUCGUCUGCCUGACUACAUCACACCAAUCCACUACGACCUGCACCUGGAGCCCAACCUCGACACAGAUGUUUAUAUUGGCAGUGUGGCCAUUCAUCUGACUCUGGCCAAGGCCAGCACGCACCUAUGGCUACAUAUUCGAGAGACAUAUGUAUCAACUAUGCCCACUCUGGAGCUCAAGGGCCCAAGUGGUACCACAUCCAUUAGGCUGAAGAGUUGCUUUGAGUACACUCCACAGGAGUAUGUAGUCGUGGAGGCCACAGAGGAACUAAGAGCCACCAGCACAGAUGAGUACUACAUCCUCACUCUGCAGUUCCAGGGCUGGCUGAACGGCUCUCUCGUCGGUUUCUACAAGACGACCUACGUUGAGGAUGGAGUAGUCAAAAAAAUUGCAGCCACAGACCACGAACCCACCGAUGCUCGUAAAUCAUUCCCCUGUUUUGAUGAGCCAAACAAGAAAGCCACAUUCAAAAUUUCCAUCACCCAUGACAAGGCUUAUGGUGCCUUGUCCAACAUGCCAGUGGAGAGUGUGUCAGUUUCUGACAACAAGGAAAUAACCACUUUUAAUACAUCAGUAAAGAUGAGCACCUACUUGGUGUGUUUUGCAGUGCACCAGUUUGCCUACGUGCAAAGGGUCUCUAAACGAAACAUUCCACUUAGGAUCUACGCUCAGCCUUCACAGAUCCAUACUGCUGAAUAUGCUGCAAAUGUCACUAAGAUCAUCUUUGACUAUUUUGAAGAAUACUUUGACAUGGAAUACUCCAUUGCAAAACUUGAUAAAAUAGCAAUCCCAGACUUUGGGACAGGAGCGAUGGAGAACUGGGGUUUGAUCACCUACAGAGAGAGCAACCUGCUGUAUGAUGAGAAGGAGUCUUCCUCUUAUAAUAAGCAACGCGUGGCCAGUGUCAUUGCCCAUGAACUUGUGCACCAGUGGUUUGGCAAUAUUGUGACGAUGGACUGGUGGGAUGACUUGUGGCUGAAUGAGGGAUUUGCCAGCUUUUUUGAGUAUGUGGGAGUGGAGGAGGCUGAGCCCAGUUGGGGAAUGCGUGACAUCAUGCUCAUUGAUGAUGUAUUUCCUGUCUUGGUUGAUGACGCACUCCUCACUUCUCACCCCAUCAUUGUUGACGUGUCCACCCCUUCAGAAAUCACUUCUGUGUUUGAUGCCAUCUCAUACAGCAAGGGAGCAUCUAUUUUGAGAAUGUUGGAGGACUGGAUAGGCCGAAACAACUUUAGAGAUGGCUGUCGGAAAUACUUGAAAAGCUUCACUUUCCAGAACGCCAAGACAUCAGAUUUUUGGAAUGCCCAGGCUGAGGUAAGUGGGAUGCCUGUAGCAGCUGUCAUGGAUACAUGGACUAAACAGAUGGGUUACCCAGUGCUGAGUCUCACUAAUACAAAAACAGAGGCUAAACUCACCCAGAAAAGGUUCCUCCUGGAUCCUAAUGCAGACCCAACUCAGCCCAGCUCUCCUCUGGGCUACAAGUGGAGUAUUCCAGUGCAGUGGAAUUCACUCACCCAUAAAAAUGGUACUAAACUGUUUGAUAAAGAACAAGCAGUGUUAAUUAUUAAAAACUACUCCCCUGCUACUGAUGGACUCAUCAAAGUUAACAGCAACCACAUGGGCUUUUACCGUGUCAAUCAUCCUGACGACAUAUGGGCUACCAUCAGCCAGCAGCUGCUUACAGACCACCUGGUCUUCGAUGCAGCAGACAGAAGCAGUUAUAUUGAUGAUGUAUUCGCUUUAGCAAGGGCAGAUGUAGUUCAUUACAAUAAAACCUUUGAAUUACUCAAGUACUUGACCAAUGAGACAGAGUAUAUUGUGUGGGACCGUGUUGAAUCAUCAAUGGCCUAUGUGAGGGAAAUGUUGGCAAGUAACUCCAUACUCUAUCCCAAAUUUCAGAAACUUUUUCGUCAGCAUGUACAAAACAUCUCUAGAGAGCUGGGCUGGGACGAUGUGGGCAGCCAAACUCAGCGGCUAUUGAGGGAGACGGUUCUCAGCAUUGCCUGCCAGAUGAGUGAUACAGAGACUCUCUUUCAGGCUUCUGAGAUUUUUGAAAAGUGGAUUAACGGUGAAAUGAGCAGUGUACCAGUGAAUCUCAGGCUACUCGUGUACCGAUACGGAAUGAAGAAUUCAGGAAAAGAGCAAAGCUGGGAGAUAAUGUUCCAGAGGUACCUCAGUGCUACACUCGCCCAAGAAAAAGACAAGCUGCUCUAUGGCCUGGCUUCUAUAGAAAACGUUUCACUCCUCAACAGGCUGCUUGAGGCUUCUAAGAAUGAGACCAUUGUGAGGAGUCAAGAUUUGUUUACUCUGGUGCGAUAUGUAUCACUAAACAAGUAUGGUGAGAGCAUGGCUUGGGACUGGGUCACUCUUAACUGGGACUACCUAGUGAAAAGGUACACAAUUACGGACAGGAACCUGGGACGUCUGCUUAACAGAAUCAGUACGUCAUACAACACAGAGCUGCAGCUGUGGAAGAUGGAACACUUUUUUGCCCUACACCCAAAUGCUGGAGCAGGAGAGACACCCAGAAAACAGGCUUUGGAGAGAGUGAAAAGCAAUAUUGAGUGGGUGAAUCGCAACCAAGACGAGAUCAACUCCUGGCUGCAACACAACGUGUCUUAA